ACAGUUUGUAUUCCAAGAUGCAGGUGCUAGGCGGCAAUCCACUCAGCUUGUGUCUCUUGGUGAUCAUCACUCCGUCACUGAUUGCAGCCAAUCCCCUGUGGAGUCUUGACCAGGUGGGAGCAUACUUCACUGGCAUCUUCCGCUCCGUAGUGGGUCCAAUAUUUGGCUUUGGCCUGGCAGCCAACAGCACCGCCUUAUAAAGAUUGUUCUGCUUACCGCACCAGUCCGAAGGGAACCGGCAGCUUCUCGACCACAUCCACCACGCAAUUGUCCAGCUGCUUGAGGAUCAAUUGGGCGGCAUAGAAGCCGGCGGGUCCGGCGCCUACGAUGCAUAUCCGCUUGGUGGGCGUGGUGCUCUGGAUCACCUGCAAUCGGGCGGAACUCGUGUGGAGGCCACGUCUGAAGAUGUUAAGGCAAUUGAUGCCCAUCGUGGAUCAGUCGCCGAUCUCUGCUACUGGGAAAGCAGCUCGUUUUCGUAUCUUACAGAUAAUCAGUCGGUUUGCUAGGUGAUCUUCUCAAAAAAGUUUUUUGCUAACGAUGAUUUCUUAUUUACUCGUUAUCUCUCGAAAGACUUUCGCCAGCAGUCCCCAAAAUACCCAACGGAAUCCAAACAAAACAGAGUAUUUGCUCUCAUUGCGUUAUGGUAACACUACGUGAUUUCGGUUUAAUUUAAUUUUUCUGAGAUGAAAAUUCCUAUGAAAAAUCUAAAAAUAUAUGACCCCAAGCACCGACAGUACAUUAGUAAUAGAAAGCUAGGAAAGUAAGGAUGUUUUAAUAUUGUUAUACAGACAGUUGCAGCGGAGCAAGAAUUUAAAUUGCGCGCCUUUUUGAUACUUGAUACUCUCAUAAGGCGUUUAAAUAUACAUAUCACUCCUUUCAUUUCUAAAAAUAUUGAAAAUUAACAAGAAGUAUUUAUUAUUAUAAAAAAAUAUUGAAGCAUUUACAGAAAUGUUGUAAUAAAUGUACUAAAAGUCAAAUAAUAAAUGAAAUAAAUACUUUUUG